AUGUCUCUUGUGAUUUCAGACCUUGAGGCUGUUAUCGCCCAACCAAAGGAGGGACACGGCACAGCCGACGACAAGCCCAGCCCGGCCGCACCGGGAGCGACCGACUCUGACGACGACUCUGACGACGAGAAGAAUCCCUUCUCGAACCCUGCUGUGGCUGAGAGAUGGAUCGAGCAGUAUGAGCAGUCCAAGUACGAGUGUCGCCAUGUUUUCGACCCGGCCCUGACCUGGACCGACGAGGAGGAGAGGGCCCUUGUUCGCAAGCUGGACUGGCGUGUUUGUCUCUGGGCGUGCGUCAUGUUCUUCGGCCUCCAAGUCGAUCGUGGGAACCUUCCUCAGGCACUCUCGGACAACUUCCUGGACGAUCUCGGGAUGAAUACGAACGAUUACAACUACGGACAGAGUAUCUUCUUGAUCUCAUUCCUUUUCGCCGAGCUCCCAUCCCAGCUGGUGUCCAAGAAGAUUGGGCCCGAUCGAUGGAUCCCCAUCCAAAUUGUCUUGUGGUCUGUCGUCGCCAUGUCCCAAUGUGCACUUAACAGUAGGGCAAGCUUUUUGUGCACGCGCAGCCUGCUUGGUAUCCUGGAGGGUGGUUUCAUCCCUGACAUCGUUCUGUGGCUUUCGUACUUCUACACGUCCCGUGAGCUGCCAAUCCGGCUCAGCUACUUCUGGACCUCUCUGUCUGUGACAGGAAUUAUCACCUCUCUUCUCGCAUUCUCCCUGCUCCAUCUUCGGGGAGUCAACGGCUGGGCUGGCUGGCGCUGGCUCUUCCUGGUCGAGGGCCUCAUCACCCUACUAGUGGGGAUCGCAUCUUUCUUCCUCAUGCCAGCAUCCGCCGUGCAGACCAAAACCUGGUACCGGCCAAAGGGCUGGUUCACCGACCGCGAGCUUUCGAUUGCCGUCAACCGCAUCCUCCGCGACGACCCUUCCAAGGGGGACAUGCACAACCGGCAGGCCAUCACACCGAAGAGGCUCUGGAAUGCGGUAAAGGAUUACGACCUAUGGCCGCUCUAUGCUCUUGGUCUUGUCAUCUAUAUCCCCCAGUCCCCCCCAGGCCUUUAUGUUACCUUGACGCUCAGGUCGCUUGGUUUCAACCCCUUCAACACUAACCUGCUAACGAUACCUGCGAAUGUAAUGCACAUCAUCAACCUGAUCCUCAUCACUCGGCUUGCCGAUUGGCUCAACGAGAGGACCUUUGUCGCCAUGCUUCAGUGCAUCUGGACUUUGCCCUGCGUACUAGCCCUGUGCUUCUGGCCUGGGAUCAUUGCAGAUAAAUGGGGCACCUACGCCCUGGUGCUCGUUAUAACGUCCUACCCAUACUGCCAUGCAAUCCUAGUCGGCUGGGUAUCCAAAAACUCCAACAACGUCGGCACGCGGUCCGUCUCGGCGGCGCUGUACAACAUGUCGGUGCAGCUCGGCAGCAUCUGCGCGAGCUACGUCUACCGCGACGACGACAAGCCGCAGUACCGCCGCGGCAACCGCAACCUCGUCGCCGUCAACUUCCUCGCCAUCGCCCUGUUCCUGCUCACCAAGGCGUACUACGUCUGGCGGAACGCGCAGCGCGACCGCGCCUGGGGCGCCCUGACGCACGAGCAGCAGCUGGACUACAUCCGGAACACGAAGCUGACGGGGAGCAGGAGGUUGGACUUCCGGUUUGCCCACUGA